AACUGACAAUAUGAUUCCAGUAAGAUUGUCGACUGGAAAAUCUUCUCUGUUGAUUAUAUAUUACUAUAAUCAUUUCAUAAUGAUAUGAUUAUACAUCGUGAUAAAGAAAUCAUCGUCUCCCAAAAAAAACCCCAGGAAAACCCAACAAUGAAGGGAUAAUUUCAACCCACACAAAUUCCUUCUACUAAUCAAAUAUUUCCCCCAACUAUUUAUCUAUGUAUAUAUCACUAUUUUGCAUACCUAAUGAAUGACAUAAUUGAACUGACUAGUUUAAAGCAAGAUAUAUCUAUAUUCGAAUAAAGAAAAUUAUAAAUUUAUAUGAUUGCUAUUAAUAGUUUAAUAAGCCUUAGCAACUAAUUCAUAAACUUUCCCUCUCUCUCUGUUAUUGUUGCUAGGUUAGUUAGUUGAAACACACACAAACACACACACACACACACACGCAAAAAGGAGAAAGAUAACAGGAUCCAAUAAUACACAACUAUUUGAAUAAACUGAACCAUUGACCAUCAUCAACCUUCAUUAUUCAAUCUGUUUAUUAGUAUUCAUUCAGUGUUUACUUGGCAACUACUUACCAAACUAAAUAGAUACAGAUAUAUAUAUUUGUCUCUAUGGGAUAAUUAAUAACAAAAUGGAAUAUUGAAAUGUACUCAAAAUGUAUACUGAUAUUAAUAUAAGUAAUCAAUCGAAUAAUACAAAUUUAACAUCAUUACUUGUAAGGGAACGUUUAAAAAAUUGUGUAUUAAAUAAACGUAAAAGUAAAGAACAAUCAAUUCAUAUUAAUGAUACAACAGUGUUGAAUAUGGGAAUUACACCACAGCAACAAAAACAACAACAACAGCAACAGCAACAAGCUAAUCGUGUCAUCGAUAAAGAUUUAACACAAAUCAAUCAAGAACAAUCGAUUAGUAAUAGUUGUUUAAUUAAUGAUAAAUUGAAUGGUGCUAAAUCUAUACACUUUAGUAACCAAAAUAGUAAUCAUAAUAGUACUAAUGAUGGUAAUUGUAUUACACCAUUAAUGAUAGAUGUUGAAAAUCUUUCAUCACAACAGCAUCAUCAUCAUCAAACAAACCCUAUCACCUCUUUAUCAAAUAAUACAAAGAAAUCAAAUACAUUACAUCAAAUACAACAUUCUUUAUCCAAUCAUGAAACGGAUAUUCAUUAUAUGGAUUUUCAAAAUGUACAUACAUCUGAUAUAGAAACAAGUAUCUAUGGGAAUCAUCUUAUAGAACAUAAUCAUUCUAGUCAUCAUCAGCAACAGCAGCAGAAUAAAUAUAUAGAUGAAAAUCUACGUAAAACAGUAUCAGAGCCAAGUUUAAAAAUGCGUAGCGGAUCUGGUGGUGUACAAAAAUCUCGUUAUAAACCAGAUCGUCGUCAUUACAAUCAUCAUCUUCUUCAUCAUCAUUUUGGAAUGAAUACAGCAACAGCAGCAGCAGCUGUAGCUGCAGCUGCAAUAAAUGUAUCUAAUGAUCCAUUAGCUAUUGUUGGAUUAUGGCCACAAUUAAGUUCAGCAUUUCAACAUGCAAAUUUAAUACAAAAAACAGUUAAUAAAAAACCAUUACAACAAUUACAAGAUAUGAAUAAUAAUAAUAAUAAUAAUAGUAAUAUGUCAUCGAUAGAUUCCGAUGAACGAUUAUCCAAAUCAGAAGUGAAAUCUUUGACACAAUCCAUUACACCUUUAUCAAAAACUCUUCAAGAUGUCAUUAUAACAGAAUUAAUGAAAAGAAACCAACUGAUAGAGACGAUUAACACAUGUUGUUCCGGUUCACAACCAAUGGAUUCAUCCAUUCCAUUUAGAGAUUCAAAUAUAAAUCAAUCUAUAUUUAAUUCAACAAUUAAUGGAUUUUGUGCAAGUCUACCAAAUUUAACAACACAAUAUCAUCGAACAGCAGCAUCAACAUCAUCCUCAUCAUCAACAUCACAAACGAAUAAUAACAUCAAUAUUAAUAGAACAACGAGUACAACAAUACCUAUAAAUACUUCAAUAUCAACGACACAUUAUGUAACUGAAUCAAGUUUUGAUUCGAAUGAAUUCAAUCAACCUGAUGCAACAAUGUCUGAUCUAAUCAAUAUUACUAAUAAUCCUAAUGAAUCCAAUACAGAAUUCAAUCAAACUAAACAAUUAAAUAAACCAUUUCAUCUAUUUCCAUAUCGUCGACAUCAAUCAAUUGGAUUAAUUAGUCGUACUAGAUCAGCUCCAUUAAGUUUAGCUACUGGUUAUUCAACAAAUUAUCGACAUAUACAAUUACAAAAUUUAAAUAAUGUACAUAAUCUAUCAAAUUCAAUGAAUACACCAACAUCUGUUACUUCCGCAGCAAAUAUUUUAGCUAUGGAAGCGGCUACAACAAAUUUUUGUAAUCAAAAACAAACGAAUGGAUUGAAUUCAAAUCAAUCCAUGAUAGAGAAUGAUCAAUUAGGAGUACAAAGUAACAAUUUACAAUCAUCUGUAGAUAGUGAAGUAUCUUCAAGAAGUAAAGUUGUUUUACAAUUACGUAAGAAGAUUUUAGAAAGAUCUGAAUUUUUAACAUUAGAUCGUUCAGGUAUAAACAAUUUGGAUGGUUCUAAUUCACCAAAUUCACGAAUUAAUCAAACAACUGGACGUAUUAAUCCAUUAUUAGAAAGAACAGCUUCAAGUCCUGUAGUUAAUAUGGCUCCAACAAUACGAUCAGAAACUGUACCUGAAGCAACAUUCACUACAGUAUUAGCAUAUGAUUUGGGAAUGCUUGCUCAUCAUUGUACAUGUCAAACCGAUGCAAAUCAUCCUGAAAAUCCUCAACGAUUAAUUUCUAUUUGGCAAAGACUUCAACAAACUGGUUUGGCAGCAAAAUGUCAUCAUCAACCUGGCAGACGAGCAUCUUUAAUUGAACUGCAAUUAGUUCACAAAGAUGUGUAUACAGUUUUAUUUGGCAGUAAUCCAGCAAGUAGAUGUCGGAUUGAUCCAACCCUUUUAGCUACAGUACGUUUAUGUAGGUUAGCCUGUGGCGGAGUCGGUGUAGAUUCUGAUACAGCUUGGCAUACUGCUGGACAUACAGCUCAUGCAGCGAGACUGGCAGCUGGAUGUGUUGUUGAUUUGGCAUGUCGCGUAAUGCUUGGUCAAUGUCCCAAUGGUUUUGCUUUAGUAAGACCACCUGGACACCAUGCAGAACCAGGUCAAGCUAUGGGAUUUUGUUAUUUCAACUCAGUAGCGAUAGCUGCUAAACGAGCUCAAUUCCUUGGUUCAACAACACUAGGUACUGGACAAAGCUCUGUAAUUUCUUCUUCAGCAACCACCUUGUUCGAUCAAUCAACUUUUCUCCCAUACACUAUGGAAUCCGCACUUAAACCACGAAUUUUAAUAGUAGACUGGGAUAUUCAUCAUGGAAACGGAACUCAAACAGUAUUUUACACAGACCCAACUGUGUUGUACAUAUCACUUCAUAGACAUGAUGAAGGGGGAUUUUUUCCCGGUACUGGAUCACCUGAAGAAAUAGGCUCUGGUCCUGGAGAAGGAUAUACCAUUAAUAUUGCUUGGCCAUCAGGAAUAGUUAUGUCUGAUGCUGAGUAUUUAGCAGCAUUUCGUUUGAUUAUUCUACCCGUCGCUUGUGAAUUUCAACCUAGUAUUGUUUUAAUUUCCGCUGGUUUCGACGCUGCUCCCGGUCAUUCAGCUAAUCUUGGUGGUUAUUCAGUAAGUCCUGCUGCUUUUGGUUGGAUGACACGUCUAUUAUCAAUUGAUCGUAUUGCUAAUUCUAAAGUAGUAUUAUCUCUAGAAGGUGGUUAUGAUAUGAAUAGUCUUUGUGAUUGUACAGAAGCAUGUGUACGAGCAUUACUUAGAUCAGCAGCUGAAAUAAAUGAAAGAAAUUCAAUACCUAUUAGUGUUCCAGAUUUAAUUCCUUUAAAACAAUCUGAAUUAGAUAGAGUUCCACAUCCUUCAGCAAUACAAACUUUAUUAAAAGUUGCACAUUUACAUUCUGCUUAUUGGACUAGUUUUUCUAAUGAAAUUGAUACACAUUAUGCAUCUAUGCCUGCUAGUAGUUGGUUACCAACAAUAUUUGAUGAUAAUUCAAUUGAAAUCAAAGAUUUGAGUUCAACUACUGAGCAUAUUUCAGUAGUAUCUACAAAUGUUACACCAUUAAAUGCUAAUAAACGAUUCUUAAAAUCUUUAAUUAAACAAACACCGUUAACGACUGAAUUGAAUGUACUUACAUCUGGGAAUAUGACAGAAAAUAAUCGAUAUUACAAUUUCGUCAUGCGACAAGCUUCAUCAAUGGAUGAAACAAAUGAAACUGAAAUGAAACCUAAUUCUAUAAGAAGAAGAAGAUCAACAACUGGUAUUACACCUUCUAAUAUGGAUUCAAUCACAUCGAUAAAUGAUACAAAUGAAACAAUAACACGUAUUGCAUUAACACGUCUAGCUGAAUUACAUGUCACUUCACAACCUGAAUGAGUCUCCAUGAUACCCCCCCCUCCUUCUUUCAAAUGUUAAGGUUGUGAUAGUGUUGUUGUUGUUGAUGAUGUUUUUCUUUAGUUUCUAUUCUACGGAAAAGAGAAACAGAUCAUCAUAAUUGUCCAUUUGAAAUGUUUCGUUUUUCUUUGUUUAUUCCCUGUAUAUAACCAAGUGAAUGGAAAUGAACAUUCCUUACCUUAUAGAUAAACAUCUUUAAAUAUGUACAACAAAAUACAAAGUUCCCGGUGCCUUAAAACACUUCUAUUAUUAUUAUUAUUACUACUGCUACUACUACUACCUCUAAAUAUAAAUCAUGUUCAAUAUUCAAUAUAUAUAUACCUACACUUAUACUUACUUAUACAAUACUACUGAUAUUUCUAAUAAAAGUAGUACAAUUUUCACGAACUAAAAACGAAUAUGUCUGUUUUUCUUUUUGUUUGUUUGUUUGUUUUUAAUUAUUAUUUGCACGUUACAUUUUGUUUUGUUCAUUAAAACAAAUUGAUGUUUCAUUAUUGAUCUUGUUUGUUUUGAAUCUUUCCAUCGAUGUGUUAGGAUUGCAACUGGUCAGUUUCUAAUUGGCAUAUGUGCAUACUAUGCGGACUGCCUCGAUAUUCCCUUUAUUCACAAGCAUGGUAAGCAAAGAUGGAUAGUGGCUAGAAGUGGAAUCCA